GCGAUCGUGCUGUUUUUAAGGAAGGUGAACAGCUCCGCAAUCAACAUAGUAAUCGAGACUGAAACGUCACAUCGCGGAUGAAAGGCAGCCAUCGUCAAAGGAAGGUGCUGUUCACGUCGCUUAUUUUCACAGUCGGAGUGACUACUUGUUGCCUUAUUGCAUACCUUGGCGUAUCAAAGAGUUCCUACAGAAUCGAAUCUGCUAGAAAGUACUCAGAACGCAACAAGGGGGCGUUGUCAGUGGGGAGUGAUCAACGACGUUGUACAACUCUGGGGGAACGCUUUGGUUGUGGUUCACAGUAUCCGAUACUUCGCUGCAAGCCAUUUCCAAGCACAGAAAAGGAUCGUCACUAUGACGCUGUUGUGAAGACGUUUAAUUCUCUGGUGCAUCUCAAUGGUUGUCAACAUGAGACUUGUUCGUUGGUUGGAUCGUCAGGAAUUUUGAAAAAUCAUGCUCGUGGAAAAGUGAUUGACAAAAGUAAAAUCGUCAUUCGUGUCAACAAUCAACCAAUCACGGGAUUCGAGAAAUAUGUUGGGACACGUCCGGCUGAUAUUAUGAUAUUAAAUGAUCAUAUAGAUUGUUUCACUAACACCAGUCAUCCUACUCUGUAUAUCCGUGCUACAGACAGUCCUUUGAGGGAAGAUGCAGUCAUUAUUAAAAGAUGUCAAGCUAACCGGAUUGUGCCUUUGUAUUCCCUCUCCCGUUAUAUUCAAUAUCAAGCACAGAUUCUGUUGAAAGCUUAUGCUGUGAGGUAUAAGGUACAGAGAAACGUCUCUGGUUCUAAAGGCAACUACUUUCGUGCAACCAGCGGUUUCAAAGCUUUCAUAUUCAGCCUGAUGAUAUGCAGACAAGUUCAUCUGUUUGGAUUUGGAAUGCAAGGAGCAAAGACGUGGCAUUAUUAUCCUCCUCAUAGAAACUAUGCACCUGCUCAUCACGAGAUGUCACUGGAAACGAGAAUAAUACAAGACAUUGCAAAGACAACUUAUAACAGUAGUAUCGCUAAUUUCCUAGAUGGAGGAUCUAGCAAACUAACUGUUCAUCACUAAACGUGAAGGUAACUUGUCUUAGAAUACAUAGAACCAUGUCAUAGCAAAUUGCAGCGCAGUUGAUGAAAGGAGAUAAAACGA